AUGGACGGGAAGAGAAGAAAGCCAAGAACGAUCAGAAGGAAGAAGAACCUGAUUCCAAUGCCUCAGGUCACCGCGCAGCUCCGGCGUAAAAGGCAUCCGCUCGGCGGCCAGUUCGGGAAAUCCUUCACGGUCCGCCGCUCCUCCCCUCUCGAGCUCGCGCGUUUGUUGAAUCCGGGCGCGACGGCAGCGGACUUCUCCUCCACGACCAGCCUACAUCCCACGAGCUUCACCAUCCUGGCCCACACGCGUGCGCACACUCUCACGCUUGGCCUGGCCGAAGAACUCGAAGUGCUCAUCUUCGUGUUCGAGUCCGACGCGAUGAGGCCGCGUGGACGCGCGUGGCCGUCGACGCUGACGCUGGGGGAGGUGAACAGGAGGCUGGUGCGGGUCUGGACGGCGUGCGAGAUGGCGAGGUUUAAGUUCAGGAAAGGGUGCCUGACGUUCUACGUUUACGCGGCGAGGGCGGUGGGGGCGGCCGGGUUCGCGAAGGCGGAGGAGCUGAGGAGGGUUCUGGAGACCGUGGUGGACCUCAAGGACUUCUUGGACCACACGGCGAUGCUCGCCGUGCCGAGCCAGCGGAGCAUCCAGUUCUCGAGUCCGGCCACCAUGGCGUAUUGAUCGAUCGGUCUCUUUAAUUUCUAAUUGAUUGGUUUUUCUCGAUUUGUUUGUUUCUAUUCUUCGGGUUCGAUUGAUUCGGUCAUCGCAUGAUUCUGGAUCCCUGUCCAAGAGCUGGUGUUAUUGCUUUACACGUACGUACGUACUCCUUAGACGCCUCGGUUAGGUUUUUUUUUUUUGUGACUUUUUUUAUCCUUGGUGAAAAUUUAGCAGAUUUUACCGCUAGGCGAAAUUAACCCUCAUUCAGUUCGGGUUCAAUUCGUUCUGUCAAAUGUAUGACCCUGAAUUCUUUGCUCCUUGAGGUAUAUAUUGAUUUUGUGUAUGAGAUUCUUGAUUUGUGCACCAUCUCA